GUUGACUUAAGCUCCCUCAGUUUCAUUGCACUCACCAGGCGCCUUGCCCUUUGCUGGUCUUCCUUUCUUGCUGGGGGCCAUCGUCCAUGCUCUUUGACCUAUGCCAAGGCUAUGCAUGUCUCCUUCUUCCUGCUCUUCCUCCUGGUCCUCUUCUCUCUCUUGACCAGUCCUUUGGGGUCCAGCCGGGGCUCAAGCCACCUGCCGUGCCCUCCCUCCUGCAAAUGCUCCCCUGACGCCAUCAUUUCCUGCGACCGAGCUGGCCUCCGGCGCCUCCCCAAGGAUAUUGCGGCCUCUACCAUUUCACUCAACCUUUCCAACAACUUCCUUCGCCUCCUGACUGCCGACGCCUUCAGCAACCUGACCUACCUCAACAGCCUUUGGUUGAGCCGCAACAACUUGACCUUCUUGUAUCCCGGAGCAUUCAAAUCUCUCUGCAACCUGAGGGUGCUCCACCUGAGCCAGAACCCAAGGCUGACCUACCUCCAUGCCAACACCUUUGAAGGCCUCAAGAACCUCAUCAGCUUGGACCUGUCCCACUGCAACCUCUUUGAGAUCCAUCCUUUCGUCUUCUCCCACCUGCCUUCCUUGGAAGCCCUCGACUUAACCUCCAACAACAUGCGCUACAUCCCGGAGGCUUUCCGGAAACUGGUGCACCUGACAAAGCUCUCCCUGGAGAGGAACAACAUCGAAGCCAUCGGGAGGGACUCCCUCAAAGACAUGGUGGCCCUGAAGGACUUGAACCUGCGCAAGAACCGCAUCUGGACCAUCCAGAAGGAUGCAUUCCUCCGACUGGACAGGUUGGGUGUGUUGAAUUUAGGACACAACCGCCUCUCCGAUUUGCCUAAGCAGCUCUUUGCCGGAUUAACGCGGCUCAAGACCAUGCACCUCGAGGCCAACCAUCUCACCGGGAUCAGUUGCCCCUUUGGCAGCCUGCGCAACCUGCGGAAGCUGUACCUCAACAACAACCGCAUCGCCUCCAUUGCCAGCUCGGCCUUCUCCGCCUUGAAGGAGCUGGACUUCCUCCACUUAAACCGCAACAACCUGAGCCACCUCUCCAGCCACCUCUUUGUGGACUUGCCCAAGCUGAGGCGCAUCUCUUUGUCUCACAACCCUUGGGAGUGUGACUGCUCCAUGUUGUGGCUGGCCACCUGGAUCCUCACCUACCAAGGGCUCAUCGAGGGGCUCCACUGUGCCAACGAGACCUCUCUGCUCAGCUUCCUUGACCGGGAAGCUUUCUUGAACUGCCCACCACCUCCAAAGUUCACGCGAGAAGAUGGUUGCGAUGGGGGACACCAGAACGGUGUGUCCCAUCUCCCUACCCUUUCUCAGAAACUGAUAUAUGCCCUGCUUACCUGGUGGAGCUCAGUUGCUUUCUCCUUCCUGCCAUUCAACUGAGGCUGCAAUCUUACCUUAUUGUGAACCCUUUGAUUUUGGGGAAAAUGCACCAGACGAAAAAGAGGUGGGUUUCUUCUCUGUUGGCAACAUACUCUGCUUGCUCCAACAAGGCUCUGUCAUGCUCAAUUAACCAGAAGUGCCAUUCAUGCUGCAGGCAGGCUAAUGGGAGGCAAAUUUCACUAUUGUUAGACUGGGAUGGAGAUGGACAGAAGAGCUUAAGAGGGAAGUUCAGGAGGUCAGAGCUUGAUGGAGGUUUUGGUAACUCUCCCAUGCUGUUGCUUUUUACUAUGAGCCUUUCAGAAUUAUGCACAGUAAGGUUUAGUUCCAGGGCCCCAAAUACAUGGAUCAUUAAGUCUCAAUAUUCCUGAUGGUGUAGUAAAUUGGUAUAUUUCAAUGAAAUGGAAAAUUCAAGCUUUGC